AUGGUAUUAUUAUGAUAGGUGAGAAGUGAAUGAUGGAUAUUUAUGUAAUAAAUGUCUUAAAUUUGUAAAGGUUAAAGGUUCAGCAUGUUCUAGAAUCCGACUUCUGUUGCAUGCUUGACUCCCACACCGAACCCAAGAGGAGAAAACAGUCUGUUCUUAAUAUAAACAAACAAGGAUGGGAAAAAAGUGGGGACAAAAAGAGGCAGUCUGGACAAACAUCUGACCCUUGAGUUUGCAUUUUUGUGUCAUUGUUCAGAAACGUUCCUCUGUGGGCUUGUGUGUCGCACAGCUCUUGUUCAAACGGCUUUACACGCAGACAUCAGUCUCUUUUACAUGAAACAUUUACAGGACGCUGGGGGAUUGACUUUCCUAAAUGCGAGUCAAAAACAAAAGGACUGGAGUGAAGAUCUUGACCGAGAGCAUCAUGUCCGAAUCAUUUGACUGCGAGAGCUGUAAAGAGUCUCUGUAUGGCGAGAAAUACAUCCAGGUGGAUGAUGUUCCCCAUUGUGUCCCAUGUUACGACCGUCUGUACGGCAACACCUGUCACCAGUGUAAAGAGCUCAUUGCACACAGUGCCCGAGAGCUGUAUUAUGAGGACAGGCAUUAUCAUGAACAAUGUUUCCGCUGUUCACGCUGCGGAUGUUCACUGGCCGAUGAAUCUUUCACCUGUCAGAAUGACGCUCUCGUGUGUAACGCCUGUUACUGCAGUGAGUUUUCCUCCAAAUGUGUGGCCUGCAACAAAACUGUGAUGCCAGGCUCCAAGAAGUUGGAGUACGGUGGAUGCACCUGGCACGAGGAAUGUUUUAUUUGUUGUGGUUGUGAGCAGCCCAUCGGGGCUCAGGCCUUCAUCCCAGAUAAGGGCGAUUACUACUGUGUGCCGUGUUACGAGGGACGGUUCGCUCCGCGCUGCGCUCGCUGCAAACAGAUUUUAGUGCAUGGUGGGGUCACAUACAGAGAUGAGCCGUGGCACAGAGAGUGUUUUCUCUGUACGGGUUGUAAGACGCAGCUCGCCGGUCAGCCGUUUACAACACAAGGUGAAGAUCCGUACUGUGUGAAGUGCUUCAGUAACCUGUACGCCCAGAAAUGUGUCGCAUGCAACAAGCCGAUCACAGGUUUUGGAGAAGGGAAGUACAUCUCAUUUGCGGAGCGUCAGUGGCAUCAGCCGUGUUUUAAGUGUUCCUCGUGUUCAGCGUCUCUGGUCGGUGCCGGAUUCUUUCCGGACGGAACAAACAUUCUCUGUAAAAGCUGCAAUGGCAAAUAACCCACGGCUCGUUUCCACAGAUGAACUGUAGCUUUGUGAGCAGACCUUUAAAUACAAGUUAUACAUGCAUUUAUAAAUGACAUCAUUUAUAUAUAUGUAAUGUCAAACAGAAUUUGUAAGAUACACUGUUGUAUUUUUGCCAUAUAUCAUAAUCAAAUCCGUUUGAACGCAGUACGUGUAAACGAAACCCUUCUUUGAAAUGCUGUUGUUUUUAUAAAUGCAGGCACUUUUGCAUAAUUUGAAAUGUGAGUCAUUUCCAUCGAGUCCAAUGUUUGCAUAUUCUUUAGACCUUACAUUUCCUUCGACUGCAACAUUCCUCAACAAUGCACGCUGACCUAAAUGUCUAAAAGUCGUGUGAUCACUGACACAUGAAACUAUAAAAUUUUGCACUGCUUUAUACGCUGUUUUGAAAAAAACAUCCAGAGUUUCAAAAGCAUAAUGCAUGUGUUUGUUCUUAUAUUGUGAAUAGAUGAAUAUCAAUAAUGCUUUACUGUUCUGCUUUAUAAUGAUGCUUACAUGAAUGUUUCUGAUCUUUGAUGUAUUUUUUGUGUAUGAAUGUCUUUUGUGUAAAAUUAUACAUAUAUUUGUGUAAAGUUAUUAAAUAUUGCUUAAAAUAUGAUGUUUGAAACAAAUACACAAAAUCUAGAAUUUCUUUCUGUAAAAACAAAUGUAAUUGAAGUGCGAAGAUUCUUCAUAUUGUUGUAAAAUGUUCCUUGAAAAUUGCCGCUGUGCCCAAAAAUGAAGUAAAAAGACAGUUAUCUCUACUUACGGUUAUUUAUUAAAAUCUCAUGUGAAAGACUUAUUUUUAACUCACUUUUGCCCCUUUACCAGAUCCCACAUUUCUGACUGAUGUUUUGCCCAAAUAAGGGCAUGCGGUGUUAAAAGAUGCUUAUGGAACAUGUCACUUCCCAAAAACUGAUUGAUGCCAGAAUUACACGGCAGGUUUCUCUGAAGUGAAGAGUGCAGGAAAUACAGGUAGUGACCUCAUCAGCGUUCUGGAUUCAUCGGACAAAUAUAUGAUGAAUGACACAUGAGACUGUCCACACACCACCAGUGACGAGAGAAGAGCUGCCGGAGCUUUCCGAUACCUCUCACAUAUUCAGGUUUUCCAAGAAUGUUGAAAUUUUGGGGUUUAACUGAAUUUCCAUAUCUUGAGUUUGACUUUGUAAGUCAGUUUUCCUCGAGUUCACACGUGAGAACAGAAGAACCACAGGUGAAGUUCAUCACAUUAAAUAUGGACAUGAACAUUUGAAAACCAAAUGUUUUCCAGCUCUGUCCUGCGCAGUUACAGACAUUAAAAA